AUGCGUCAAGCAAAUCAGGCCAGCAAACGGGAACGCCAUGUAACGCUUACAAUCAAAGAGAUCAUUGGUGACUUGAACGGUGCCAAAGUUUUUAGCAAAUUAGAUUUAAACCAAGGAUAUAACCAACUCGAGUUAGCGCCAGAGUCACGGUAUAUCACAACUUUUGGCACACAUCUGGGACUAAUGCGAUAUAAGAGAUCAAAAUUUGGCAUUUCGAGCGCAGCCGAAAUUUUUCAGAAUGUUAUUCGUGAAACUCUCGAAGGCAUCCCCGGAGCUCUCAACAUUAGCGACGACAUUCUGGUGUUUGGAAAGACGCAGAACGCCCAUGAUCACAGUCUGGAAGCGGUCUUCCAGAGGCUCAAAGAACGCGGUCUAACUUUGAACAAGCACAAGUGCGAGUAUGGCAAAGACAAGCUCGAGUUCUAUGGUUAUGUCUUCUCAGGAGAUGGUAUUGCACCAGACCCUAAGAAAAUUGACGACAUCGUCAACCUACAGACACCAACAUCUGCAUCCGAAGUCCGAAGCCUAUUGGGAAUGACCAAUUAUUGUUCCAGAUUUAUCCCGGACUAUGCAACCAAGACCGACCCAUUACGCAAGCUGACCCACAAGGAUCAACCUUCGGAGUGGACAUCGCAGCACGACAGCGCGGUUGACCAACUGAAAGAAGCCUUGGUGAAUGCACCGGUUACUGCAUACUUUGAUCCAACCAAAGAUACUGAAGUCUCGGUCGACGCCAGUCCUGUUGGAUUAGCUGCCAUUCUCUCGCAAGUGGACAGAAAGACCGGUACCCACCACAUCGUCACCUAUGCCAGUCGUUCCUUGUCUGAGACAAAGCAGCUGUAAAGCCAGAUAGAACGCGAGGCCCUUGCCGUCGUCUGGGCCUGUGAAUAUCUUCAUCUGUACAUAUACGGAAAGCCUGUGACAAUCUAUACCAAUCACAAGCCUCUAGUGUCCAUCUAUGGCAACCCAAGUUCUAAAUCUCCUGCAAGAGUAGAGAGAUGGGCUCUCCGACUUCAGCCUUACCAACUGACAGUCCGUUACCGAAAAGGAAACCCCGCAGAUUACUUGUCACGCCACCCCUCCAAACAACCAGCCACAGUUUGCCGAGAACAGAAGAUCGCAGAAGAGUACGUUAAUUACAUCACCGUGACCUCAACCCCAAAAGCACUAACGGUCCAGGAAAUUAAAGAAGCUACCAAAGCUGAUACGACCUUGCAAGCAGUAUCCAAGGCAAUCGAGACAGGUAAUUGGCAAGAAGGACCUAAGCAAUCGGAUGUGGACAGCGUAGCUUAUACCGCGUGGCAGAAGGUAAAAGAGGAGUUGUCAGUAGGUGUGACAGCCCAGAUAAUUCCUCGAGGAACAAGAAUAGCUGUUCCCAGAAAACUACAAGAGCGCGUAGUAAACUUAGCACAUGAGGGACACCAAGGAGUUGUGAAGACAAAGUCACUUCUGCGUGAAAAGGUAUGGUUCCCUGGCAUCGACAAGAAUUGGUAG